AUGAUGGAAGGAGUAGGAGCCAGAGUCGUCCGCGGACCUGACUGGAAGUGGGGCAAACAGGACGGAGGAGAGGGGCAUGUAGGCACUGUGAGGAGCUUCGAGAGUCCAGAGGAAGUGGUAGUGGUGUGGGACAACGGCACGGCUGCAAACUACCGCUGCUCUGGCGCUUACGAUGUACGGAUACUGGACAGUGCUCCUACAGGUAUCAAGCAUGACGGAACCAUGUGUGACACCUGCCGUCAACAGCCCAUUAUUGGUAUUCGCUGGAAAUGUGCAGAAUGUACCAAUUACGACCUCUGCACUACAUGUUACCAUGGAGACAAGCAUCACCUUCGGCACCGCUUCUACAGGAUCACCACCCCGGGCAGUGAAAGAGUGCUUUUGGAGUCACGUCGAAAGUCCAAGAAGAUCACAGCCAGAGGGAUCUUUGCCGGAGGCCGUGUGGUGAGAGGAGUGGACUGGCAGUGGGAAGACCAGGACGGAGGCAACGGGAGGAGAGGAAAGGUGACUGAGAUCCAGGAUUGGAGUGCAGCCAGUCCCCACAGCGCUGCCUAUGUGCUCUGGGACAAUGGUGCCAAAAACUUGUACCGAGUUGGCUUCGAGGGAAUGUCCGAUCUUAAGUGUGUCCAAGAUGCCAAAGGUGGUUCGUUCUACAGAGAUCACUGUCCUGUUUUGGGUGAACAAAAUGGCAACAGAAAUCCAGGUGGUCUUCAGAUUGGAGACCUGGUCAACAUAGACCUGGACCUGGAGAUUGUCCAGUCACUUCAGCAUGGCCAUGGCGGCUGGACUGACGGCAUGUUUGAGACCCUCACCACCACUGGUACAGUGUGCGGCAUUGAUGAAGACCAUGACAUCGUAGUGCAGUAUCCCAGCGGGAACAGAUGGACAUUCAAUCCUGCAGUUCUGACAAAGGCCAAUGUAGUGCGGAGCGGAGAAGUGGCUGCGGGGGCCGAGGGGGGAACCUCACAGUUUAUGGUUGGAGACCUGGUGCAGAUUUGCUACGACAUAGACCGCAUCAAGCUCCUACAAAGAGGACACGGGGAGUGGGCGGAGGCCAUGCUGCCUACCCUGGGCAAAGUUGGGCGUGUUCAGCAAAUCUACUCUGACAGUGAUUUAAAGGUCGAAGUUUGUGGAACCUCGUGGACGUACAAUCCUGCCGCUGUCACCAAGAUUGCUCCCUCCGGCUCUGCUGUCAGCAACGCCUCUGGAGAACGCCUGUCCCAGUUGCUUAAAAAGCUGUUUGAGACACAGGAGUCUGGGGACAUCAAUGAGGAGCUGGUAAAAGCAGCAGCUAACGGAGAUCUGGCUAAAGUGGAGGAUAUCCUUAAGAGACCGGACGUGGAUGUAAAUGGGCAGUGUGCUGGUCAUACUGCUAUGCAGGCAGCCAGUCAGAAUGGACAUGUGGAUGUGUUGAAGCUUCUGCUCAAACACAAUGUGGACCUGGAGGCAGAGGACAAAGAUGGAGACCGGGCAGUGCACCAUGCAGCCUUUGGUGAUGAGGGCUCUGUCAUUGAGGUGCUGCAAAGAGGCGGAGCUGAUCUGAAUGCAAGAAAUAAGCGAAGACAAACUCCUUUACAUAUAGCCGUCAACAAGGGUCACCUGCAAGUGGUUAAAACGCUUCUGGACUUUGGCUGCCAUCCAAGUUUGCAGGACUCUGAAGGGGACACGCCUUUGCACGAUGCCAUCAGUAAAAAGAGAGAUGACAUGCUGUCCGUACUGCUGGAGGCGGGAGCCGAUGUAACCAUUACCAACAACAACGGCUUCAACGCCCUGCAUCACGCCGCUCUGAGAGGAAACCCCAGUGCGAUGCGCGUGCUGCUGUCCAAACUGCCGAGGCCGUGGAUCGUGGACGAGAAGAAGGACGAUGGAUACACGGCGCUGCACCUGGCUGCGCUCAACAACCACGUUGAGGUGGCAGAGCUGCUCGUGCACCAGGGAAAUGCCAGCCUGGACAUCCAGAACGUAAACCAGCAGACAGCCUUACAUCUGGCAGUAGAGCGACAACACACUCAAAUUGUCCGACUGCUCGUGCGAGCGGAGGCUAAACUUGAUGUUCAGGACAAGGACGGAGACACGCCCCUCCACGAAGCACUGCGUCAUCACACACUGUCCCAACUGCGGCAACUUCAAGACAUGCAAGACGUCAGCAAAGUGGAGCCCUGGGAACCAUCCAAGAACACUUUAAUCAUGGGCUUGGGGACCCAGGGGGCGGAGAAGAAGAGCGCCGCAUCCAUCGCCUGUUUCCUGGCAGCAAACGGAGCAGACCUGACCAUUCGUAACAAAAAGGGCCAGUCCCCUCUAGACCUCUGUCCAGAUCCAAGUCUCUGCAAAGCUCUGGCCAAAUGCCACAAGGAGAAGAGCAGCAGUCAGGUGGGCACACGCAGCCCCUCUCUCAACAGUAACAUGGAGUCUCUGGAGGAGUGUAUGGUCUGUUCGGACAUGAAGAGGGACACUCUGUUUGGACCGUGUGGACACAUUGCCACCUGCUCCCUGUGCUCCCCACGGGUCAAGAAGUGUCUGAUCUGUAAAGAACAGGUCCAGUCCAGAACCAAGGUGCUGCCAGUCCAACUCAGCUCUCCCAUUGACUGGUACUUGGAAGGAGGAGAGAGCCAGCAGCAGAACAAACCACACAAGACUGGGGUCGUCACAAGUAUCAAAAUUAUUGAGGAGUGUGUGGUCUGCUCUGACAAAAAGGCAGCCGUGUUGUUCCAGCCCUGUGGCCACAUGUGCGCUUGUGAGAACUGUGCCAGCCUCAUGAAGAAGUGCGUACAGUGCCGGGCUGUGGUGGAACUCCGCACACCGUUCGUUCUGUGCUGCGGAGGGAAAGGUAUGGAGGAUGAUGAUGCCGCUCAUGAUGAUGAUGAUGAUGAUGAUGAUGAUGAUGAUGAUGAUGAUGAUGAUGAUGAUGAUGAUGAUGAUGACCUUACAGGGAGUUCUAACAGUAUGGCAGGGGGGUCCCAGGAUCUUCUCCAGCCCAACAAUCUGGCUCUAAGUUGGUCGAGUGGAAACAUCCCGGCUCUGCAAAGAGACAAAGACAACACCAACGUAAAUGCAGACGUUCAGAAGCUCCAACAGCAGCUGCAAGACAUCAAGGAGCAGACCAUGUGCCCGGUGUGUCUGGACCGACUCAAAAACAUGAUCUUCAUGUGUGGCCACGGCACCUGCCAGCUGUGUGGAGACCGCAUGAGCGAGUGCCCCAUCUGCCGCAAGGCCAUCGAGCGGCGCAUCCUCCUCUACUGA